UAAUCUCCUUAGGUACCAGACAAUAAUUCUCUCUCUCUCUCUCUCUCUCUUUUAAUUAUCAGAUGGUCUGCAAUUGCUGCAAGACUGCCAGGAAGGACAGACAAUGAAAUCAAAAACGUGUGGCACACUCACCUCAAAAAGCGUCUACCAAAAACCGAGUCCUCCGAAAACAAGAAACUCUAUCUGGAAAUUCCAAAGGCCGACGCCCAGCUACAGAGUGAAAAUCUACAGAGAGAAACCCAAGUCAUGGCCACCCAACAAAGUUUCCAAUACUCUAACCAAAACCCAGUUUCCCCCCAACAAUCUUCGAGCACCGAUUCCUCCAUUCUCACAUCCGAAAACUGCGGCGAAUACUGGCCCGAAACUUCGAUUGGGAUCGAUGAUUUCCUGGUAGAUGAUCCCCGUGUCUCAAUUUCCGGCAACCUCGAGAAGUUUUCCGGCUACUACACCAACUUCUCCGAAGACUAUUCUAACGUUUCCGGCGACCACGCCGUGCAAUUAUCGGUCGCUCCAGUAUCCGUAGGGGGGGCUGCAUGGCCGUACAGUACGGAACAGGACGACGGGAUGGACUUUUGGGUUAAUGUUUUGAUGGGAGCUGAACACGUGUCCCUAAUACCGGAAUUUUAACCGGUUAUCGCCGGCGUUUUCUCAUUUUUCCCGGGGAAUUCAAAUUUUGGGGGGUUUUGGACGUUUGUGGAAUUUAGAGAGAAAAAGAAGAAAGAGAAAGAAGAAGUUUCCUGGCAAAAUCGAAAAGUAAAUAUAAAUAUUAUAAAAUUAAAAAAAAAAAUUCAAAUUUUUAAUUUGGAUUUUAGCCCGUGUCCAAGAGCGGAAGGCGGAUAGAAGUGAGAGAGAGUCAAGAGUGGUGACAAAUUUUAAUUUUAAUUUUAAAUUUUUUUUUUUUUAAAGUUUGUAAAGAAAAGUCAUAGACUUUAACAUGAGAGAGAAGUAAGUCUUAAACUUUAGAGGAAGGCCAAGGCCAACAAAGCAAAGUGGGCCGGUGCCACACAGAUUUGAAAUGACUUAUUUUUCUGUACUUCUAACUAAAUCUUAAUCUCAUCACGACUUUGUCUAUC